CUUCACAAUGUUCGCAUUGUUCACAAUUGUUCAAAAUCUAUGACCACCUAUGAUGUUCCUGAGGUUCCUGAGGCUGAGUAGAAAGUAGAAAUGCAAAGGCGUAAAUCUUAAUGCAAUUUGUUGUUAUUUCUUGGCUUGCAUAGUCCGGUAUCGCUCAUCUGGAUAAUCAGAAAUGAAGGAUUGAAGAAUGAAUGAUCAUCAAGUAGCUGGUAUUAAGACAUAUCUAGCUAAUAUGUCUUUGCAUGCAUCUCCUGAAUGGGUAGAAGGCUGUGUGGAGUUUUUUGUUUCAGAGCAUCGUAAUCAAGGGUAUUCAAUAGCAGCCCUGAAGGACUUUGUGCUUGAGCAAUGGAAGCUAGCAGAUCUUAGGGAAAUGGGACAAGGCUGUCUUCCACUGAACCUUAAUGUCAUCAUGAUGACAAUUCUUCCAGGAAAAUAUGCCUUGCAGGUUGAACGAAUACAAAAUGUGGGGCAAUCUGCUUACACACAAAUGCAGGAAAUUCGUAAACAAGUUAAUGAAAAUGUUGAAAUUGGUGCAACAUUGCCUCAGACUUGGGAACCUCGUCCAACUCGCAUGCUUCAGUUAUCGUUAUGUGAUGGGGUCCAGAAUAUUAAAGGGAUUGAAUACAGGCCACUCAUGUCACUCAGUGAGCAGCUUCUUCCAGGAUGUAAGGUGCUUAUUGUUGGCCCAGUUGAAUGUCGAAGAGGAAUUCUUCUGCUUGAGCAGCAUAACUUGGAAAUUCUUGGUGGAGAGAUUGAUUCUUUACUUGUACCGAAUGCCUACGAGAAUGUUCUAGCAGGAGUACUGAACUUGCCACAGAAUCUAGACCCAUAUGGGACACAAACUGAUGUGAGCAUGAAAUCGCAGGUGACACUUCCACCUGUUGUACCAAGGAAUGAUUUUGUACAUCUGCCUAUUCAGCAAAAUUCUGCUGGAACGUCACAAACACAAAUGCUUACAGCUCCAAUACGAAACACCGUUCACAGGCCGUCAUCCAGGAACAACACAAAUCAGAUAUCAAAGGGAAAUCCUGAUAGAAGUGUGGGAACUGCCCACAGAAGACUAGAAGAGGAGUUACUAAAUGAAGAUGAUUUGAUGUUAGAAGCAGAAAUGGAUGCCCAGCUGUCAGUCUUGGAACGUGAAUAUAAGGAGGAGAUGGAGAACUCACUAAAUAACCUUGAUAUUGAUGAAAUUGAACAGAAAUUCCUUGGAGAUUUGCAGGCAGAGUGCUCUGAGAAAAUGGAAUUUGAAUCAUUGCAUUAUCAGCGGUUUCCUAUGCAGCCAGAAACAUCACCGCCCUCUUCAGAGAGCAAAUUAACAGCAAAUCAUACCCCAUCAUGCCUUCUGAAUGAUGAUGAUGACAUCCUGUUACAGGUGUCAUUGAAAGAACUGGAGAGGCCAGAAAUACAGACUACACUGCAAAGGAAUAAGUUAACUGGUUCCAGCCUAACUACUAGGCAAGAUUAUCAGACUGAACCCCAUAUGAAAGCUCUGUCAGUAGAGCGACGUAGGAUAGGUCUACCGGUUACUCCAAAAUCCCAAGCCCAGAGCGCUACUACUCAGAGCAAAAUAACUUCAUUCCUUAAUAAGAGCAAUAUUGAAACUGCUGAUUCAUAUAGUUUAUCAAAUUGCGGCAGUAAUGCAUCUGAAGCAGACAAAGAUGCAAAGCUGAAAUGUUUAAAACAGUGUGGUGUCCAGUUGGAAUAUAAACAAGUGCCUCCAAAUAUUGAUUUAAAUAGAACAUUGGAUUCUUAUGAGAACUUAAAAGUGAAACUAGGUAAGAAGCAUGUUCAGCCAGAAGAUUAUGAAAUACCAGUGCAAGCAGCUGUUAGAAAAGAUGUUGCCUGCACAUCUCCUGUAGUGACAAGUAGUAACCCAUUUGUGUACUUGAGUCAGAUAGAAACUCCAGUGGAGGGUCGAACUGUGUUUACAGUGAAAGCCUUUAUCAUGACAUUAUUAUCCCAGAUGACAUAUGGAAGAGAUGGAUGGCACUUAAUUGUGAAAUUAUGUGAUGGUUCCAAGAAUAUAGAUGCCAGAUUAUCCUCAGAUGUUUUGGAAAAACUCAUUGGUUUCAGCAGAGCUGAGAUGUUGACCAUGAGACAAGAAAUGCCAAAUAACCCUUUGCUCAAAGAAAAGCUGAAAAAUGUAAGUUUGUACAUCAUAAACUAUACAUUUCCAAAUCAUGUUCACAUGAUCUGGCAGUAGUACUGAAAGCUGAACAUUCCUGUCAUGUAGGACAACCUUUCAUCCAUAUGCCACUUGUUUCACUUUCAGUUUAAAAACUUUAUCCCCUCACAGCACAAGUCAGUAUUUUGAGAUUGAAGUCAGAAUAGUAUCUGUCAUUUCACCCUUGCUAAAAAGACAUUCCCAGAAGAAAUUCCUUCUGUAAUCUGAAUAGGAAAUACAGGGUGUCUGGAUGAAAGGUAUCCAAAACAAAAAAUUGAUAUCUCAGAAACUAAGUGUUAUACAUGUAUCUGGUUUAUGUCUUCAUAAAGGAAAAUUCUGAAAGUUCUUUUUCAUUCCUGGCUUACGCACAUGCACCAGCUGGUGACCAUCAGUGAGGUUAGUAAUGAUGUUGACACCACAAGAACAGGUUCAAUGUGUGUUGUGGCUAGCAGAGUUGUAAUCUCUUUUGGAUGUCCAACAUCAUUUUACAAUGCAAUAUGGAUGUCAACCUCUUACACGGAAAAGCAUUUUGGGACAACAAACUGAGGACUAGAGGUAGUCUGUUGCAUGUAAAAUUUUGUGGAAAGAGACAGAUCUCUGAGAAAAACGUCAAUCACAUUACAGAGGCAUUCCAGUGAAGUCUGUGCAAAUCAAUUGGUGCGGCUAGCUUGCAGUUACAAAUUCCAUGUUCAACAGUGCAUGAUGUGUUACACAAAAGGCUCCACCUAAGAGCAUACAAGAUUCAAAUGAUUCAUGCACUAAAACUGAAUGACAAAGUAGCGCACACAAACUCUUCUGUGGACAUGCUAGAAAGAACUGAUGCAUCAUCUGGUUUCCUCUGCCAAAUUUGCUUCUAGGUUGAGGUGAUGUUCUGUGCAGGAGUUGGGGCAGUCAAAAUCCACAUGCCACAUGUGAGUUGGAGAGAAGUAGCCCCAGAGUGAAUGUGUGGGCCAUCUUAAUGCAUGACAAGUUGAUUAGACUGUUUUUCUCUUUGGAAAAGACUGUGACUGGACGUUCGUACAUGGACGUGCUGGAGCUGUAUGCUCUGCCCCAGUUACCACCUCCAACUAUCCCCCAACAAGAUGGGGUGCAGCCACAUUUCUGCCAUCAUGUUAGAAAUCACCUGGACAGAGAGAUAGAUUGGCAAAGGUGGACCAAUUGC